AUGCCGCCAAAUGCUCCCUCGCCCGAGCCCACCUCAGCUUACCUACAACUCCCCACCUCUCCAAACUCAAAGCGCCUCUCUCGCUCGCCCUCAUCCUUCAUCUCAUCCAGCUAUUCUGCUGACGAUGAGCAUUCGAGCCUCGAAGAUCACACCAUGCCUGCUGUGGCCCGGUAUGAAGGUGAAGACACCCGUCUCACCAGCAGGAAAGAGCUAGCUGGCUUCUACAUGUAUGGCUGGGCUGCUGAGGUCUUCGUAGUGUGCGGCGUUGGCUCCUUCAUUCCAAUCACAUUGGAACAACUGGCUCGCGAAAACGGCGUCCUCUUGUCGGAUCGGAAGACACCAUGUGGUGCUGCCAAAUCGACAUUACCUCCUGCAACAUUCUCGCAAUCUCCAAGACACGAAUCAGCACAAUGCAUAAUCAACAUUAUGGGCACCGAAAUCAAUACAGCCAGCUUCGCCAUGUACACAUUUUCCCUCAGCGUCCUCGUACAAGCCUUGUUGAUCAUAUCCAUGUCUGGCGCUGCUGACCACGGCCAUUACCGCAAGACCUUCCUCUUGGUUUUUGCUUUUAUAGGCUCGAUUGCUACGAUGCUCUUCAUCACUAUAAUUCCACGUCUAUACCUCCUGGCUGCCGUUCUUGCUAUAGUAGCUAAUACGUGUUUUGGGGCAUCAUUCGUUCUGCUGAACUCCUUCCUACCAGUCCUAGUGCGAAACCACCCUACUGUGCAGUAUGCUGGAGCGCACGUCGAUGAACCCCUGAUUGACGAAGAUGGGCUGCUGACUCGAGAGGGGUCCAUCAUUGUGGACGCCCAGGUCUCGAACAGCAUGUGUGACGACGAAUCCUUCUUCGAAGGGCUUGCUGAUUCGACCUCACUCCUAGUUGGCGGUGCUACCUCUGCUGUCGAUCUUACGGUACCUAAUCCGAUCACACGGUCAACCGACUCUGUAGAGCUCCGUUUGUCGACCAAGAUUUCAUCUUAUGGCAUAGGGAUUGGUUAUAUUGCCGCUGUAAUUGUACAGGUUCUAGCCGUAUUCAUCGUGCAGAUUGUUGGGCCUAAAUCAACAAUCUCGCUGCAGCUCGCCUUAUUUCUAAUAGGCGCCUGGUGGUUCCUGUUUACCUUUCCAACCGCAUUCUGGCUACGACCUCGACCCGGUCCACCCCUUGGUCGGGACUUCGCAACAAGCAGGGAAGCUUUCGUCGCCUACUUCACCUAUUCCUGGUCAUCACUCGGCAAGACGGCAAGGAAAGCGCGUAAAUUGAAGGACGUCGUGCUCUUUCUCACCGCAUGGUUUCUGCUAAGCGACAGCAUUGCAACAGUAGGUGGCACGGCUGUACUUUUCGCAAAGACGUCGCUGGAAAUGACAUCGACAGCACUUGCCUUGAUUAGCGUUAUCGGGACCUUGUCCGGCGUCAUAGGUGCUUUCACGUGGACGAAACUCUCUUCGUUGUUGAGUUUGCGACCAACACAGACUAUAAUCUUGUGCCUCUGUAUAUUUCUGCUCAUUCCGCUUUAUGGACUUCUUUCAUAUAUACCUGUCAUACAGAGACUUGGUGUCCUUGGCCUUCAGCAGGACUGGGAGAUGUAUCCGGUUGGCGCUGUGUACGGCUUCGCGCUUGGAGGCUUCUCAUCGUACUGUAGAAGUCUGUUUGGUGAACUUAUUCCGCCAGGAUAUGAAGCCGCCUUCUAUGCGCUAUACGCAAUCACAGAUAAAGGAAGUAGUAUCUUUGGACCGGCUGUAGUAGGAGCGAUCACUGACGCCACUGGUGAGAUACGGCCAGCAUUCUUCUUCCUUGCAGCCAUGAUAGCAUCAACCUUCCCUUUCAUAUUGCUGGUUGACGUGCAACGCGGUCGAAGAGACGGAUCUGCUAUGGCAAACGAACUACUGAAUAAAGGGGAGGACGAGCGAUGGUCUACAUAUGUUGGCAAUAGUGAUAGGAACGAGACUGACUCGCAAAGUCAGCCCUAUGUUGAUUAUGGCACACUUUCGAACGACGAGUCGUAA